CUCCGCGAUGGCACGCUCGCUUGCCCCGCCUGCGUACGACUUUACACGCGCCGCGAUCAAACAUACGUGAACUUUGACAUCGCAUAAAUCACCUCGUAAUUUAUAUGACGACUAUAAAAUGACUCUUUUUUUACAUUUAUAUUGUGUAAUAUGGAUAGCGUUAACGGCCUGCUGCAGUACGACAGGUCGAGAAUUACCAGGUCAAAAUGUAGUAUCUGUUGCACCCAUUGAAGUCCCAGAUGAGUCAAUGUACCCCAGAUUUGCUGAGCCAAUACCAAAUGUCACCGUCACUGUCGGCAGAGAUGCUUUGUUGGCCUGCGUUGUUGACAAUUUAAGAGGAUUUAAGGUGGCUUGGGUACGUAUGGAUACCCAGACAAUACUGAGCAUCCACCACAACAUCAUAACGCAGAACCCGCGCAUCAGCCUGUCGUACAACGACCACCGCUCGUGGUAUCUGCACAUCAAGAACGUGCAGGAGGUCGACCGCGGCUGGUACAUGUGCCAGGUCAACACCGACCCCAUGCGCUCCAGGAAGGGCUAUUUACAAGUUGUAGUGCCUCCAUCAAUCAUCGACAACAUGACGUCUACGGACAUGGUGGUGCGGGAGGGAGCUGAUGUAACCCUAGUGUGUCGGGCUUCGGGCUACCCGGAGCCAUAUGUGAUGUGGAGACGAGAGGACGGCCAGGACUUUAAUUAUAAUGGCGAAUCUGUAAGCGUGGUUGACGGCGAAACACUCACGAUAACGAAGGUUUCCCGAUUACACAUGGGAGCCUACUUAUGUAUAGCGUCUAAUGGCGUGCCUCCUUCGAUUAGUAAACGCAUCAUGUUAAUGGUUCAGUUUCCGCCGAUGUUAUCAAUACCAAAUCAGCUGGAAGGCGCUUACCUAGGUCAGGAUGUCACGUUAGAGUGUCACACUGAAGCCUACCCCUCCUCCAUAAAUUACUGGACAACAGACAGAGGAGAUAUGAUUAUAUCCGAGAUGGAAAUUAUAGGUGGGAAGUAUGAAGCGAUUCCUGUUGACAGCGGGUACAACAAGUUCAUGAUGCUCAAGAUACGAAACAUAACAAAAGAGGAUUUCGGAUUUUACAAGUGCAUCGCUAAGAACUCUCUCGGAGAGACUGAUGGGAUCAUUAAACUGGAUGAAAUCCCAGCUCCACCAUCUGCGUUCACAACGACGCAAAAAUCUAUAUUAGACAAUCAAACAAUUAGAAAGAAAGGUCAAUUACAAAUUCUUCAAACGAACGACGCUAUAAGUUCAACUUUUCAAGGUGAGGCAUUCGAUGGGCAAAUAAGAGAUUUCGACUUCUACGAAAACUCGGCGUCAUCACUUAAAUUUUAUAAAACAUUUUUAUUAAUUUCACUAUGUCACAUGAUGAACAUAACAAGAUAUAUUUUGAUCUCUUGAUGUUAAUUUAGUCAUUUUUGUGAUAUCAUUCCUAUGUAUAACUUCAUUAUGCUGAUCAGACAAUAAAUGUUAAUGUGACACGUCUGCAAGUUAUUUAUGUUUCUAACCAUACUCAUAUAUUAAUAAAGUUAUCUAUUAACCUUUCGCAUAAAGUGUUUAUUACAUUGGCGUUUUAAUAGCGCAUCCUAUUUUGUGUAUAAUGUAGAGAAGCCGUAAUGAAUAUAGUUCUGUGUUAUAAUACUAUUCCUUAUAGUUCAGAGGUUAGUUCUUUAACAAAGGCAAGUUUGUGUGUUGAUAUUUCAAAUCACUGGCCUCUAUUGCUGCUUAUACAUGCCUCAGACAUUGGAAUAAAGCAAUUUGGCUAUAGUGAUUGUGGCGUUGAUAGCUCAUCUCUACAAGGUAAUAACAAUGAAUAUUCCGAAGUAAUGACAAAGUAGUUCAGCGACAAACGUUUCUCCAUAUUAUACAGAUAUAUUUUGUCAAUAUAGUUCAUUAUUAAAGCGCUAUUAAUACUACAAUAAAAUUUUUUUGUUUGUUAUUUUAUAGUUAUUGCGAAUAAUCUGAUUUUAAAUGUCAAUAAUUUCUGGUACGAUCAGUAAAGGAAAGAAAUCCUAUUUUAUACGCAUCAGUACAUGAUAUACCUAGAUAUAGGUGAUAGACUAGGCCUAGACGAUCGAAUUUUCUACAUCGAUUUUGUAAAUUUUAUUAAGCCUGGUGUAGAAUAAAUUAUAUUAGGUACUUAUAUACUUUUAUUUAGAUUUACUUGUUCUCGCACAAUCUAUUGAUAUAUUAAUUUUUGUAAAGUAGCCUUGUAUAAAGUGUAUGUUAUUACAAGACAUUUUUCGUUUUAGGGCUUGUAGAUUUUACUAUUUAUUUAAUUAUAUACUUCGUUAUUUUUUAUUCUUUAGAUGUUUUACAAAUGAUACUUAUAAGCUGUAUAAGUGUAUACUGUAUAAGUUAAAUGCUGUUACGAAUGAAUCAAUCUAUAGUAACUCAAAUGUAAAUUAAAAUAGAAUAUUUUGUAACAUUCUGCUAUGAAAAGAUUGCCAAAGAAUAUAUGUGUUUAAAUAAAAAACAUUGCUUUUA